GUGGGUGUGUGUGAGGAAUGUGAUGGGAGUGGUGAAAGGGACAGACUGAGACACUGAAAAUAAGAGAAGCGCCAUAAGAGAGCAGCUGGAGAGCCUGGGAGGGAGAGAGACGGAGAAAUGGCUGAAGCCCCAAAGAUCGAGCUCUUCAUCAAGGCGAGUAACGAUGGCGAGAGCGUGGGUAACUGCCCUUUCUGCCAGCGCCUCUUCAUGAUCCUCUGGCUGAAAGGUGUGCAUUUCACCCUCACUACUGUCGACAUGAAGAGGGCCCCAGAGGUUCUCAAAGACCUGGCCCCAGGCUCACAGCCCCCAUUUCUGCUUUACAACAAUGACGUGCGCACAGACACCAACAAGAUCGAGGAGUUCCUGGAGGAGACGCUGGCCCCCCCGCAGUAUCCUAAGCUCUGCUGUCGCUAUAAGGAAUCCAAUGGUGCUGGAGAUGACAUCUUCCAUAAGUUCUCCGCCUAUGUCAAGAAUCCCAACCCUGGCCUGAAUGACAUGCUGGAAAAGAAAUUUCUGAAGAGCUUAAUGAAGCUGGACCAGUACCUGCUGACCCCGCUUCCAAACGAACUGGACAAGAACCCCAACAUAACAGAAUCUCCCAGGCUCUUCCUGGAUGGGAACACACUGACACUGGCAGACUGCAACCUGCUGCCCAAGCUCAACAUCGUGAAGGUUGUGUGCAAGAAGUACCGGGAUUUCGAGAUUCCUGCCGCCCUGAAGGGCCUGACGCGGUAUCUGGUAAAUGCCUACGAGCGGGACGAGUUCCGCUUCACCUGCCCCAACGACGGCGAGAUCCUGCUGGCCUACUACUCAGUGGCCAAGUACCUCACCAGGAACAAAUGAAGCCAGGUCUAUGGAGAGAGAGAAGAGGGGAGGAGAGCAGAUGAAGGAAGAAACGCUUCGGUAUCAUUUUCCCUUCGGAGUAUCUGCCGUCGCUGAUGCAGACCCAGCCCCCUGCCGCUUCUGGAUAAAUGUCACUCCUAUGCAGCUCUAGCAGCGCCGUAUAAAUAAGAGAACAUCGCAUUCCUAUAAAAAGAAAACCUUUGGUUCUGUUCAUGGCAUUUUGUCCUCAGUACCUCGUAGACUUAUAUCAACUUAAAUCAUUUGUUUCUGGAUGGCUUCCAUUAUGGUGCUGCUGGAUUUUCUUAAAGGGCAAAUAUGCUUACGGCUUUUAAUUAGUUUUAUUUCACCUAAGAAAGAUUUUUGUUCAUUUUCAUAUCAUGGAGGCACAUGAAAGCCGCCCAUCUAGCUGUGUUUAGGAAUAUUGCUUUGUAUCAAUUCCUCUCUUUUAAUAAAGUAUUUAAAUGAUGAA